UCGGCAAGAGCGCAUCGCUAGGCGUGUGUGUGUGCGGGUAUUAGUAUAAGUGGUUAGUGUGUGUUAUUAUUAUUAUUGUUAAGGUUAACCAACAACUUAGUUAAAUGCUUUAGCGCGUUGCGUAUCUUGUUAAUACUUUGUAAGUUAAGUGAGUGAGUGAGUGAGAGAGAGAGAGAGAGAAACAAAAGCCAGAGGAUGCUGCGAUUAAUACUAAACAACUGCAGUCGCAGUGAGUUGCACAGCCAGCGUCUGUUAUCACAGUUGCCACAGAGUCCGCUGGGACAGCGACUACAAAAUGCUAGCAGAUUGAUGCGACAACAUCCACACAUGACAACAACAGGUGCUGGUCACACUGCAACUCGUGCCUUGCACACGACACGUGCCCUGCUCCUUGGAGGCGGCACACUGGGCGUGGGCGUGGCCAUGCGCAGCUGGUGGGCGUCACGAUCAAUGCUCGUGCACUGUGAGGGCAAUCGAUUGGCGGGCGUCAUACAACACACACUCUCGGUGGAGCAGGAGGAUCAACAGUUUGACUGGAAACGUUUCUGGACAUAUCUGGAGCCGCACACCUGGGAACUGCUUGGCGCCAUAUUCGCGGCGCUAGUUGUGGCUUUUAUCAACAUACGCAUACCGAAUCUUCUGGGGGAUCUGGUGAAUACGCUGGCCCGAUAUGCGAAUACCUAUGUCAUGGAUCCCAUACACAAUUCCUUUGUCAAGGAUGUGAGUAAGCCCGCCAGCAAUUUACUGAGUCUUUAUAUGCUGCAAUCGGGCUUCACCUUUAUGUAUAUUUAUCUGUUGAGUCGCAUUGGCGAACAGAUGGCGGCCAAGAUGCGUCAGGAUCUGUUCAAGCAGAUCGUGCUGCAGGACAUCUCGUUCUUCGAUGAGAAUCGCACCGGUGAACUGGUGAAUCGCUUAACUGCCGAUGUUCAGGACUUCAAAACCUCGUUCAAACAGUUUGUCGCCCAUGGACUACGAAGUGCUGCCCAGCUCAUCGGUGGCAGCAUUUCCCUCUUCAUGAUAUCCCCCCACAUGGCGGCCAUUGCCCUGGCCAGUGUUCCCUGUGUCGUCAUGUUCAUGACCUACCUGGGACGCAAACUGCGCGCUCUCAGCAAGAGCUCACAGGCUCAGUCGGAGCGUGCGACGGGGGUCUGUGAGGAGGCGUUGUCCAACAUCCGGACAGUGCGUUCCAGUGCCUGUGAAUAUCGCGAGAUGCAGUUGUUCGAGAAUGAGACGAAUGAGGCGGCGAGAUUGGCACAGGAUUUGGGCCAUGGCAUAGCCGUAUUUCAGGGUCUUACCAAUUUCUUCCUCAACACACUGGUGCUCUCCACACUCUUUAUGGGCGGUCAUCUAAUGUCGACGGAGAGCUUAACGCCGGGUGCCUUGAUGGCCUUCCUGGUGGCCUCGCAGGGAGUGCAGCGCUCCUUGGCCCAGGGAUCCGUGCUGUUGGGCACGAUGAUCCGUGGCAUGACCGCCGGAAGUCGCGUCUUUGAGUUCCUCGCCAUGCAGCCCAAAGUGGAGCUGUUACGUGGUUAUAUCAUACCCCAGGAGCGUUUGCAUGGCGAAAUACGAUUCGAGAACGUCUCCUUUGCGUAUCCCAUGCGUCCAGAUCAGCUCGUCUUGAAGGACUUUAGUUUGACGCUGCGUCCUGGCCAGACGGUGGCACUGGUUGGAGCCAGUGGUUCGGGUAAAUCAACGAUAGCCGCGCUGCUGGAACGCUUCUAUGAACCUACCUCAGGCAACAUCAAACUGGACGGGUAUAAGCUGUCGGAUAUAUCACCAUAUUGGCUGCGGGCCAAUGUACUCGGUUUCAUUGAACAGCAGCCGGUGUUGUUUGGCACCAGCAUCUUGGAGAAUGUGCGCUAUGGCAAGCCGGAUGCUAGCAAGGAUGAUGUCUAUGAUGCCUCCCGGUUGGCGCAAUCCCAUGACUUUGUCACUGCCCUGCCCGAGGGAUAUGCGACCAAUGUGGGAGAACGUGGCACACAAUUAAGUGGCGGCCAGCGACAGCGGAUUGCGAUUGCCCGGGCACUGGUGAAGAAUCCCCGAGUGCUGAUAUUGGAUGAGGCGACGAGCGCACUGGAUGCCACCAGUGAAGCGGAGGUGCAGAAAGCUUUAGACACUGCCGUACAAAAUCGUACCACAUUGGUGAUUGCCCACAGAUUGUCCACCAUACGCAAUGCCGAUCUGAUAGUCGUCCUGGAUCAAGGACGCGUUGUCGAGACCGGCAAACAUGACGAACUGAUGUCCAAACGUGGCCUUUAUUAUGAGCUAGUGCGUCAACAGGAGCGAAGGGAGAUUCAGGAUCAAGUGGAAGCUGUGGAGGCGGAGGAUAUAACAAACACAAAAUUACCACAAGGAUAGGGCAUUGUUAAUUAGUACAAUAAAACAAAUGAGACGAUAAUAUGAUUCCCUGUACAUACAAUAUAAUUUUUUUUUUUUUUUUACAUUUAUUUUGAUUGCUCAAUAAGUUAAAAUUUGUAAUUUUGAACAUACAACCAAAUGUUUAAGCAAUAGAAAGCGGCAAUCAAAGUGAUCAGCAAUUAGGCAAAUGGCACACAAUCAAUUCAUGUUAAAUAAAUGAAUACUUAUUAUGUUGA